AGUUAUUCAGUCAGUUGACUAUCUGUAGGACGGCUCACAGCUUUGCGAUAGUCAGUUACACUGCUAACGCUGCUAACGCACCCUGUGUUAGCGGUGGUGAACUAAAGUUAUUUAAAUAAAAAACGCGAGUCGACCGUGUGUGAAGUAAAAGCCUUGUGUAAAUUACUUGCACCAUGGCUACAGAAGUAAUAAACAAUGUACCAGAAAAUACAGAAAAAGAAAAAGAAUUAAAAGAUGACGCUGCGGCUGAUAAUGGUCAAACAAAAGAAGAAGCACCGGCGUCGGGAGAAAAGACAGAAACGAAGGUAGCUGAAGAGAAAAAGGUUGAACCGGCACCACCUAAGCCCACCGUGCACAAAAUUAAUUUUGAGAAAGAUGUCGUAUAUUUGUAUCAAUUCCCACGAACUCCUUUGUUGCCGUCGACUUCGCCGUACUGCUUGAAAGUUGAAACAUGGCUCCGCUUGGCUGGUAUCAAAUAUGAGAACGUUGAUCACAAGGCGAAAUUCCGCUCUAAAAAGGGACAGCUUCCCUUUGUGGAGCUGAAUGGUGAAGAAAUAGCCGACAGCGCCUUUAUCAUCAAGGAGCUCUCGGAGAAAUACAACAAAGAUUUAGAUGCCGGUCUGACGCCCGACCAGCGGGUAGUCACGCACGCGAUGAUUUCGAUGAUAGAGAAUCACCUUUCGUGGGUGAUUCUCUGGUGGCGUGCCAAGUACCCGGACAGUGUUAUCAAGGGCUAUCAAGUGAAUCUACAAAACGCUCUGAACACCCGCCUUCCAAACCCGAUACUCAACUUCUGUUACAAAUUCACCUCUGGACGCAAGGGUAUGAAGAAGGCAAGGGCUCACGGUAUCGGCGUGCACAGCCAGGACGAGAUCAUCGAGUUCGGCAAGAACGACCUCCGCGUGCUCUCUGACCUGCUCUCCGACAAACCAUUCUUCUUCGGAGACGAGCCAACACUCCUGGAUAUAGUGGCUUUCGCUAACCUAGCUCAGCUGCACUUCAUAGACAAGGAAGUGCAGCACGCCCUACGCGAUUCCCUCAACGAGUCGUUCCCUAACCUCGUGGGGCUCGUGUCCCGUCUCAAGGAGCGAGCCUAUCCCGAUUGGGAUGAGAUAUGCGCGAUUGAGACCAUGGCGGCUGCUGCAAAGAAAGAGAAAGACACCAAGGAAGGAACCGGUCCCGCUGAGAAACAGGCACUGGCGGAUGACGCUGAGAAAGGAAAGGGUGACGAGAAAGAGAAAGAACUAGAGAAGGAGCCGGAGGAGAAGGAGAAAGAAAAGGAGAAGGAGAAGGAAAAAGAGAAGGAGAAGUAAAUGCGAUUAUAGUGGACGCUCGUACCCACUACCAUACUUACAUACAAGUUGAUACAUUUAGGAGUCAGACUCAUAAUACAAUCUGUAUAUUGUAAGCGUGUAAAUCCAUUUGUCUUUCCCGUAUUAUCAGUUGGUGACACGAGUCCGUCUUAUAAUGCUUUCGUUUGACCGGCAGACAAGAAUUACCUCACAUACUUGAUCGACGAAUGAAAAAAAUGUCUUUAAAUGACACGUCCACAUAAAGUUAUCAAAAUUAAAAUCGAAUUUUCGUAGUCGUUUAUAAAAAACAAAAAUGCGCGUAAGGGAAUUAUUUGUCCGUCGGUCUUAUUUUAAUCCAUUAUUUUUGCUUGAUAUAGUGUUUUGUGCGUUUGUCGACCCGUUAUUAUAAUUCGUUGGUGUUAUCUAAAUUUAAUUGUACGUUUAAUGCUUCUUGUAGUUAUCAAUAUUAAUAUUAUUCGAUUGCUUUGUCCAUAUUAUUUUGGUAUUAAAUUUAUUACCAGAUAGGUAGAUCGGUUGUUAAGGUACUUACAGGAGUAUGUAAACAUUUAUUUGAAUAAAUUAUAUAGAAGAUUAAUUAAUUAUAAGCGAAAUUAAUAUUGUCAUUCAUUCAUUGUAUGGUUAAGUAUGGAUUGUUUAGUGCUUACGAUCAUCAAUGACUUCUCGGUCAUUCGACUGUAAUUAGUCAUCAAGGGAGCGUUUCAUGACUUUUAAACUGAUUCAUCGGGUAGGAUACGUAUAUUACCUUAUUUAUGAGAAUAUAUACUCAAUUCAUGUUAUAAUAAUAACGGUAGGCAUUUCAAAUCGGACACGUUAUAGUUGUGAAGUAUAUUUAACUAAGACUAGUAUAAUUGAUACCAAAAAUUGGCGAAUGUUUAUUAGAUAAAUUGAAAAGUAAAUGUUUAAACACGCGAGAGCGGGACAUCGGCCAAGCGAGGUGCGCUCGGAGCCUGCGUUUGCGUAAAAAUGUUUUGAGGUUCUUGUACUCUAUUGGUUUAUACAAAUAAAAAAUAAAAUAAAAAAAAGAAAUUUACAAUUUACAAAUUUUUGAUAAAAACGAAUACAACCUGGAAGACUGUUUUUCAUAUUAUUAUUAUGUAUUCAUAGUCCGUAAUGUUUUGAUAAUGUAUUCAUUGUUAAGGUUAAGAUGUAUUCAACUCUUAAUAUAUUAUUAUAAUCGUCCAUAAUAUGUCGGUCCGCGUCCGAGCAUUAUACUCGCCGUCGUCGCACCUCUAGCGAACCAUCUGCGACCCCCAUUUCCCAUUUCAUCGAUCGAUUCAUCAUCAUUUCAUCUCUUUCAUUUUCAUCGUUAUCAUCAUAAGUUGCAUCAUUAUUACCUUCGCCAUUUUCAUCGUCAUAAUCAUCCUCGUCGUCAUUAUCAUCCUCGUCGUCAUUAUCAUCCUCAUCAUCAUCAUCAUCCUCAUCGUCGCCGUCAUUAUCAUCAUCGUCGUCGUCAUCAUCACCAUUAACAUUGUUGUAGUAGUCAUCAUCACCCCCAUCAUCAAUUCAUUCAUUGACAUAAUUAUGAUUCAUGAUCAACAUUUAGCAUCGCAUCGUCAUGAAAAGCGUUUUAUUUCGGUAUCGUUGCCACAUCGAUGGAUACCAAUAAAUCGUCACUGAGACAGGCUUUAUAAACUAAGUUAGCUGGUAAUUUUAAAGUAUUCCCAUUAUCGAUUCACUUUAACCGUUAUUAUUUCGAGCAGUCGUCAGACCUAUAUAGCAGUUUCGAGGUGUUGAAACGUUUUCACCAGCGUCCAACGUUGAUAUUAUCCGUGGACGUCGGCUUGAAAUAACUGUCUUGAUUAUUAAGGGUCUGUAGUUUGGCGGCGGAGCGUUGCGAACUUUGGUCUCGCACGACUUUUUACGUUAUUAUAUCCCGAAUAGGCGAAAUUUAUGUGAGACCACGAUCUAUAUGCCGGUCUCUAAGCUUACCACUAGUAGAUGACAGGUCGUUCGCUAGAUGGAGGACCCCCCCCCCCCCCCUACUUUAUAGAUCGAGUAACUUAUCUUCAAAUCUCUAUCGACUAUCUCUUAUUAAUAUUAUACUUAGCAUAGUAGAAUGUACAUUUGAUAAUAUCUAAAAUGAUGUUCACAAUGAGUAGAUAUCAUAUUAAGUGGGUUCGUCUUCCCCGGUCCCGCGAGACUCGGUGCGGCUCACUAAAUGGUAUUAGAUUUAGGUCCUAGCGUAACGUAGAUAGCUCGUGAACGACCACCUGUCGCGUUAGCUGUAAGCCCCGAGGGCGAAGCGAAAUAUAACUCGUCCCGUUUUAUAACAAUAGUGGUAUUAGUUCGGGUUUUUGAGUAGACGUAUGAUUUUAAUUUCUCAUUAUUGGGGUAUGGUAGACGUCCGCGUCCCUCCCGACAACUGCUGACCAUCACUGCCAUUAGCCUCGGAUGUAAGAGUUAAGAUUAGGGAAGUUAGAUUAGGACGUUUGCGGUCACACCGCGCGACGAAUUCGUUUAAACGAUUCGCGCGUGUAACUCACUCGUACUCUAGCGAUAGGUACAUAUAUAGUUGUAAUAUUGAGGCUAAUAUCGAUGACGAUAGCAGAGCCUGUUUCAGUGCUUCAUCUAGCUCGGGCGAACACGAACGAGCUAACACUCCACUUCUCAUGUCUUUCACCGCACGUACGCAUCACGCAUCUGUAGCGCGUCACACGCUAAGAGAUACUAUAGUACGUUACGAUACGAUCAUUUAUAUACAUUAUAUAUACUGUAUACCUCUCCAUACUCUUGCAAGCCUUCACGUCCGCCAUAUCGCUCGGUAUAUAUUAGGACUAUUGAUUAUUCAUUGAAUCGAUAUUUAACCUAUCAAGACGUAAUAAAUCAAAUGGCAUAGCGUUUUCAUAGCGUGUGACGCUCUUAAAGUUAGUAAGUGAGCGCGACGGGUGUUCUGUUUCACUCGGAUAUCUUAGUUAUAGCUUUGUACGUAGUAGAGGUAGGCUUGAGCGAUAACGACGCACUGUAGACGUCGGUCGCGAUUAUGGGACAGUAAAGAAGCGACAUGUUGAUUGUGUCGUGACACGCGGUGAUUGAACAAGAGUAGUACUCUUUAUUGUCCCACUUCAUAGAAUAUAUUUACAUUUAAUAAAAUUCGACUUUUUUGAAAUGACUCAAUUUGUGUUGUAAGUUUUUAGUGCUAUAAUACAAAUUAAUCAUAAAUAAUUAUAGGUACUACCGUAUGUUUUAUAUAUAAAAUAGAUUUGUAGAUGCAAUUUUAUUGAAAUGAUUUUUAUUAUGUAUUCGUUAUGCUUCAUUUUGUAUUGAUUUGGAUUCACUUUUGUGGUUUAUUCAAUUAUCGUGUCAAUAUCUAGUUAUGUAAGUAAUAUUCAUUAGAUAGUAAUGGUUCGCCAUAAUUGUACCCUUUAAUAUAAUUAUACAACUUAACUGAGCUUUCAGUGGAAACGAUUCCCUUUAAGAAUUUCUGUAUAACAUUCUAUCGACAUUAAAGUAUAUAUCUAAUAUA